CCACCUCGUGCCGACUGAUUAUUUCACUUUUUUUCCACAAUGUUGGGGGCCUUGGGUCUGCUGCUGUUUGUCGCCUGGCGGGUCCAAGGCGGGAGCGCCCCGCCGGACUUGAGCCCUAAGGAGGCGGCAGUCUCGCCGUGGCCGCCGACAAACCUGAAGCUCGCCGGAGGACGAUCCAAGAGGUCGCUUUUCCUGCACUCGGGCGUGAGGAUCUGUCCUCAAGAGAGCGUGGCCGAGGUUCUGGCCACUCAUGAGGCGUACUACCAGCUGCGAGUGUGCCAGGAGGCCGUGUGGGAGGCGUACAGGAUCUUCUUGGACAGGAUUCCCGCCACCUCCGAGUACCAGCGAUGGCUUCACACCUGUCAGCGGGAGCCGCUCGGCAUCGCCGACAUGGCCCGAAGCUUUGGCAACUCUGAGGAGCACCUGGACCUGAUCCACAGGAGGAUGCGGCGCCUCCGAAACGAGCGUCCACAAUCACGGGGUUUGCCGACUCCCGUGGCUUCCGACACGCCGGUGGCGACCACCGUCAGCGCCCUCCUCAAGGGGGCAACGUCCUCUGCGCACUCUCAGAGGACCACCACAGUGGAUGGAGAAGAGGACUCGGACCUUCCUAAUGCCGUCCCCGAGAGUCCGGCGGAGCAGAGGCUGGAUUUCGCCAUCGACCUGGUGGAUCCGGGAUACCGGGAACUGCUGGAUGACCCGGACUCUCCCCAGUAUAUUGACCUGGCUCACCACCUGCAGGACCAGAUGCAGCAUGUUUUUGACAAGCUUCCGGGCUUUAAAAGCAUCCUUGUGCUGCGAAUCAGUGAGACGCAGCGAGCUGAUAGUGUUGGCGGAAUCACGGUCCUCUAUUCCCUGCUCUUUGAAACGGCUUUGCCAGGCGAGGCGGCGUCCGAUGCGGCAAACUCCAAAUUGAGGGAGGCGGUGAGAAGGGCUUUGCACGAGGAGGCGUCCCUUCCGGUCGAUCUGGAAUCCUUGAUCUUUGACCCAGAGGGCGUCCCUACGCGGCCGACCCAGGAAGCUGACACGGAGGUCAGGGAACCCGACUCCCGCAACCACUUUGAAGUCUUCCUGGCUGACCCGGAGGUGGAACAACUCGGUCUGGUCUUGCCCCUCCCCGCCGCGGAGAAGGACAACGCUCUGGUCACGCUCCCGGACCCCACCGAGGAGGAGGAUGAGGAGGAUGAUGAGGGGGGGGAGGACCUGAGGUUUGAGCCAGACGCACUAGAGCCGUCCGGCGAAGAAGAAGAGUUGAUCAUUUCUCAUCAAACGGAGACUUUCCGGAACACUGAAACUGGAGAACUUGUCCGGCACUACACGGCGAGCCCUCCGACGACGGCUGACCUGGACCUGACCGCCGGCGUGUCACUGAUCCCGUCUUCAGCCGGUGAGGGACUUUUGGACUCGGGUCUUGUUGCCACCACUGUUCCGGAAGAAGCGCAAAGCGUGGCCAAGGAGAGCUGGGCUGGCCCAUUGCCCGCCGCACCGGCGGAAAGCACCGCCGCUGUCGCUUCAGAGGAAGCGCCCCCGAAGGGUUUCACAACGCUUGAGGAGCAAAUAGCAAUUGAAGAAGAGGCGCUUACCGAGGGGCCGGCGGCGGUGGACCGUCCUCCGGCGGCUCCGUCGCAACCAGAGUCAGGAGGGAAUGAAAGGGCACACUGGCAAACAGCAGCGGGAGCUUGGCAACCCACCGUAGAGGGACUCCAUCCCCCGGAAGCCGAGAUGGGAGCUAUUUUGUACUCGGAACAAAGUGACAAUGCAACAAAAGCGCUCCGAGCAGGGGCGACGGAAGCACCGGCAGAAACAAAGGAUGGAGACGAGGAAACCAGCGCUCCUCCGCCGUCACUUUACAUUUUAGAAGCCGUCCCGGAGCCCGGCACCAGCAAAUGGCUUCAAAUAUCGCUCCCAUCUGACGGCGAAGAAGAGCACGAAAGCCAACGUCCGACCGCUGACAACUUGCUCUCUGAGGAGCCAUCAGACGCCAACUCUGGGGAAUCGGUCGAGACCUACGCUAGCACCUCCGCUCCUCGCGGCCCAACUGUGGACUUUGGACUCUUUGAGGUGGCGGAAGCUCACCAGCAAAGCGCUGUCAUCGUCAUGGAGGAGGACACGAAGGGAUCUGCGGGGCAGACAAGCAGGGCGCUCACUACCGAGGACCCGGCGGAAGAAGGGAGCGGAUUUUUUGACAGCGCCACGGCGGUGCCCGCCGUCGCAUACCUGACCACGGCCACCGUGACGAUGGCUCCUCACGGCCGCGAGCUGGUGGUCUUCUUCAGCCUGCGCGUCACCAACUUUGACUUCUCCGAGGACCUCUUCAACAAGACGUCGCCCGAGUACAGGUCCUUGGAGAACACCUUCCUAAAUGUGCUGCUGCCCUACUUGCAGGCCAACCUGACAGGCUUUCGCAACUUGGAGAUCCUCAACUUCCGCAAAGGCAGCGUGGUCGUCAACAGCAGAAUGAAGUUGGCCAAGUCGGUGCCGUACAACAUCACCGAGGCGGUCCAGUGCGUCCUGCGCGAGUUCUGCUCCACGGCUGCGGCGCACCUGCACAUCCACAUCGACAGCGGCUCAGUGGACGUCGAGCCAGCGGACCGGGCCGACCCUUGCAAGUUCCUGAGCUGCGGGGGCCAUUCUCGCUGCGUGCUGGAGCCGUGGACCGGGGCGAGGUCCCGAGAGGCCCGGUGCCAGUGCCGGCCGGGCUUCCUGUCCGUGGAUGGCCUUCCGUGUCGGAGCGUCUGCGAGCUUCGGCCCGGACGAUGCGGAGACGCCGCCGAGUGUCACGUGGAACCCGGACACGGAGUCGUGUGCAGGUGAUGUUGUGCCGAAUCUCAGGUCCAGGAAGUUCUGAUCCCGCGACGGCAGGGACUCGCAGUUGCUUUCAAUCAAGGUUUCCUUCCUUCCUUCCUUCCCCGGCGAGAUGAGGCCAGGCGAGGCGAGGCGAGACGAGACGAGGCCGGCCGCCUGCAAAUAUUGCAGAAAGAAAAAUGGCGCUCUGGCUGCCGGACAAGGUGAUCGCCUCGGAAAACUCACCUCGGAGCAGGAAAGAGAAGAAACUACGCUUUGUCCUUCUUCUGUUGCUUCUUUGUGCUUCUUGUUCAACUUUGACAAGAAAAAUGCUCCGUC